UCCGACAUAUCGCUGUGCCCUCUGCACUGCGAAGCUGGUCCUACUGGACCCGGAGCUGAGGAGGGGGCGCGUCCGGCUGCUGGGGUCCUGCGGGGGAGGGGAGUGGAGAUGAGGCCGAUGAUGUCAUGGAUGCUUCGUCUGGCCUGGGGAGCCGUGGAGGCCGGAGGGGGUGCGGCCCGGAUUAUGUCACCUCUUCCCUCUGCGCCCCGCCCCCCGGGGCCACACGCGUUGCUGGGGAGGUGCGGGCGGGAUUUCCCCCACCGCAGAGACCCCAGGGCACAUUCUUAGGAGGACUCGUGUUCGGGGUCUCUAUCUGCGGCUCUGCGGGCUGUGGGCUGUUGGUGAAUGGCGAACUCCCCCCACCCCUCAGCGAGGAGACUCGUGUGUGCGCGCGUGUGUGCUGGUGGGGGGGGCGCUGUCAGCCCCCACAGUCUUGAAACAGGAGCUUCAUCAGAACCAGGAUCUAGGGGAUGAGCCCCCUUCCCUCGUCGCCAAGGGAAGGUAGAUCUCCCCCUCACACAUCCCAAACAAGUUCUGGAGACCUCUGCACCCCCCAAAGAUUUACAGUGCCCCCAAGCUCUUUUCUCCCUUAGUCCUUCUUCCCAGAAGACCUUCCUGAUUUUUCCUGUGCGGAUUCAUUGCCUCUUUGCAUUGCUCGUCACUAGCAAUCCCACACGUAUUUUCUCUGCAUCUUAUUAGUGCCAGAGCCCAGAGACCCCCAGGACUUUGCCAUCUGUGCCCCCCUGGGCACCCACAGGCCAACGCCAGGGAAGCCUCAGAGUGAAAUCUGCCUGCAGUAGCCUGAGCCAAGUACUCCAAGACCUCUUCCUGCCAUGGGCAAUCAGGGAUGCUAUCCUGGGAGCCAGCAUUUGGAUUGGGCCUUGGAGGAUGCAGGAUGGGUACAGAGAUCUGGGAAAAGAUAGUGUAUGGAGUGGAGAGGGGCUCAGGUCAAGGCAAGUAGGAUGGGCAGUGGGAGAGGCCUCUGGGGCCCUGCUGCAAGCUGUGUUCUGGUUCGGGGCUGAGAGGAAUGCCAGGCAUUUUACACAUAGUACAUAUACUUCUUAAGAUUUCUGUAAGGUAAGUGUGAGAACCUGAGGUGAAAUAACCUGAACGCAGUUCCACCCCUAAUUUAUACUUGGAGCUGAAGCUCCAGAUCUCCAUCUAGUCUACGGCGUUUGGUGCUGCUCAUGGAAGAAUUUGGGCAGAGCAGGGACAAGAUCAGCUUUGCCCUUUGGAAAGAAUCCCCUGGCAGUUUCAUGGGGGAGGGCGUGGAGGGGAAGAAAAGCCAGCAAGGAGCUCCCAGCAAGGGUGCUGGCAGGAGGGGCUGCUGAGAUCUUUAGGAGGUGAAUGGUCAGGGUCUGGGACCUCUAAAACCCCAAGGGAAGGCAGAAUGUUCCUAGCUUUGGGAGGACACAGGUAGGGGGCAGCUAGGUGGUCACUCUAGGUCAGAGGGACCUGCCCAUGUAACCCACAGAUAGAGUCCAUUUGGCCACUUUGUGACUGCUACUGCUGUAAAUAAUGUCCCAGGCACUGAGGGUCGAUGAGACAGUGAUAGAGGUAGAGUCGGGCAACAGACUGCCAUCCAGGCUGUUGAGCUGUUGCCAUCAGUCUGCCAUUGCAGACCACACUCACUACCGGGGCCAGUUCAGGAGUCUGACCCAUAGGUGAAGUUCAACUCAGUUUCUGCCUACCAGGGAAAUGUAUGCUCCUCCUUGUCCUGCCAGCUCCCUGCUGGGGUUUUAAGGAACCAAACUUGAAAUAGUCAAGAUGUAAGGAACAUUUUCAUGAGGUUAACCAUGACAGAUUAGAAUUAUGUUAAGAAGCUCUUUGGGGAGUGAGGCUUGAGGUGGAGCUGCUUUGAGCUGGCAGUAAAGGGUUCCCAGGUAAAGCACGAGUAUAAGAGAUUUAGGAGACGGUCUUGGGACCUCAUUUCCACCCAGGACUCUGGGUGUCUGGGCCUGGGUGGGGACCACACACACCCUAGGGAAACAGUGGGGCAGAGUGGCAUAUGACCAGCCCCAAUCUAUAGUCAGAUUCUUCUUUCCUGGAUCUCAGAGAAGGUACCAGUAUUGCUUGUAUCGCACCUUAUAGUGUACAAAGCACCUUCCCAAACAUUAUUAUCUCCUAUCACUGCCAUGAUCAACGCAGUCACUUCUGAGGUUUGCUCAUGCCAAUACCCAGGCCUCUGGCGCAGCCCCCUUGCCUAGAUCUCAGUCUCCUAUUGGAGUCUUCCUUUGGCAUAUCAACAUACUCAGCUUUCUUCCACAUUUAAUUUUAAAUUUAGAAAAAAGCCGUUGGAUCCCAAACCAUUUAUAUCACUGCCUUGGUUUAGCAGGGAACCUCCCAUCUUCCCUCCAGACCCCUCUCCUGUUGUCGGGCUUUGCCUUGUACCACCCGUCUGAACCGUCCUCUCAUAAGCACCAGUGGUGUUUGCACCCCCCAAAUCCAGGGCACAUUCACCAGUCCCAGUUCUACCCAGCCCCUUUUUAAUGACAGAAUUGCACCCACAUUCUUCAAGGCCCCAUCUUGGUCUGUGAGGCCUACCUUUUCCUGGCCUUCUUCUGGGCCCUACACUGCCUCCCAGGCCUCUGGGGCUCCGUUACCCUAACUAGUUGCUUGGCCCCACCCACACUACCCUUAAAUGCUGAUGUUCCAGUCUCUCUAGCCAGGAUGUGAGACAGAGCUUUCUCUGGUCUUCCCCCAGACAUUCUCCUGUGUCAUAUUAAUGUGCCACACCCACCCUGUUGCCCCAGCCCAGAUCCUCUCUCCCCCUCCCCCCAGCCCCAUCUGUAUGAACUUCUGCCAGUUCUUGCUUCCAAAUCCUGCCCAGGCCUUCCCUCUGGUUCCAAGCCUCAGGCCACUCAGCCUCCAUCCUCCCAGUCCUCAGUUGCUCCCUACACUGCACUAGGGAUGAUGAGAAAAGGGGGUCAUGGUUAGGAUGGGAGGGGGAUUUCUGAGCUGAGGGGUAGCCACGUUGGUGUAUGCUAAGAGUGGAAGCAAAGCAGGGACUAGGGUGAGGCCCAGGAGGCAGGCACCUGGGGGACCCACCAAAGUAAAGAGGGCCUCACUCUCCCGGGGUCUGCACUUGCUGAUCCUGCGCGUCUCUUGCGCCUGACAGGACAGAUUGGCCCAGGGAUGUGGGUGGGAAAGUGCUGUUCUCCACCCCUAGGGAGCAGGUGCUGAGAGAGUGGAAUUUCACAAAGGCAGUGCGGGCUGGCUUGGUGGUGGACUUUCAACCACCUGGGGCCGUAGUGCCAGUUGUGGUGGCCAGAAGACACCUGAAGGCCAGUAGUUUUGUCCAGCUCCCCUGGUCUGGGGCCCGAUAGGAUGGACACAACAUUAGAAGUGGGUAUCUGGGUAGAAGACAGUCUGAGAAGUGCCCAAAGGGCUGUGGGAUGCCACCUGGACCCCUUCACCUUGGUAAAGGAAGGCACCCUGCCUGUUUUCUGAUGGGAGUAGAAUGUGAGGGCCUGAAGGGUGCCCCUGCCAGGCUGGAUUAUUCAGAUCUCUGAGGCAGGUGUACCCAGGUGCAGACUUGAGACAAAGGAACCAGGAAGCAGGGCCUCCCUGAGCACAGGUAACCCGAGGCCCUGCUCGCCCUGUUGGCCCUGUUCCUGUGGGCUGGCCUUAGGGGGUGGGGGCGCACACCCAAUGAGGGGCGCCGAGGACUUCGUGGUGUACUGAGAAGGGUCAAGGUCUAAAGGGAGUGGGAAAGGGAGGUAAUCCAGGAAGUCUUCCCGGAGGCAGUGGAUUCUCAGCUGGGGGUAGGGGGGUUGGCUGUUGGUGGAGUUAGGCUGGCGCAGAAUCUUCCCCGGGCUCCGCUGGGUGCGCAGGCCCCGCCCAUCCCCGCCCACCUGUGGGAAAGGCAGGCCUCUAGGGAGGCUCCGCGGGCGCGGGCUGCUAGCGGCAUUGCGUCCUCAGCGGGCUUGGGGGCCUCUGCCGCGGUACCGGCCGCGGGGAGGGGGCCCUCCGUGCUGGGCCCCCCGUGCUGCUCACUUGAGAAGACCUCCAGGAGGGCUCCUUGGUCACUCGCUGCAGCCGCGGUCCCAGGCGGCCGCGGGGACCGAGGCGUGCCCGUGGUGGCCCUGAGGCGCGCUGCGAAAGCAGCUCCUGCCCCUGCCGCCCAAGACUACCAGUCCGAGGCUCGGCACCUUUCGCCUGAGAGCGCCUGGCAUCGUGGCAGCUCCGCAAGUGACCCCCUGGCUUAGUCAUGGCGAAGCUGGAGACACUGCCUGUGCGCGCUGACUCGGGGCGGGAUCCCCUCCUGGCCUUUGCCCCGCGGCCUUCUGAGCUUGGACCCCCUGACCCUCGCCUGGCCAUGGGCAGCGUGGGCAGUGGGGUGGCCCAUGCCCAGGAGUUCGCCAUGAAGAGCGUGGGCACCCGCACAGGGGGUGGGGGCAGCCAGGGCAGUUUUCCUGGCCCCCGAGCUGGUGGCAGUGGGGGCAGCAGGGAGAGGCCAGGCCGCUACCCCUCUGAGGACAAAGCUCUCGCCAACUCCCUCUACCUCAAUGGCGAGCUGCGGGGCAGUGACCACACGGAUGUCUGUGGCAAUGUGGUGGGCAGCAGUGGUGGCAGCAGCAGUAGCGGUGGCAGUGACAAGGCCCCACCACAGUAUCGUGAGCCCAGCCACCCCCCUAAGCUCCUGGCCACCUCUGGCAAGCUAGACCAGUGCUCAGAGCCACUAGUUCGGCCUUCAGCCUUCAAGCCUGUUGUACCCAAGAAUUUCCACUCCAUGCAGAACUUGUGUCCCCCACAGACCAGUGGGACCCCUGAGGGACGACAGGGACCUGGUGGCCUCAAGGGUGGACUGGACAAGUCUCGGACCAUGACCCCAGCGGGUGGGGGUGGGGGCGGCCUCUCAGACUCAGGCCGGAACUCACUCACAAGCCUGCCCACCUACAGCUCUAGCUAUAGCCAGCACCUGGCGCCCCUCAGUGCCUCCACCAGCCACAUCAACCGCAUUGGCACUGCCAGCUACGGUAGUGGCAGUGGCAGUGGUAGCAGCGGUGGUGGGUCAGGCUACCAGGACCUGGCGACCUCUGACAGUGGGCGGGCCUCCAGCAAGAGCGGGUCAUCCUCAUCCAUGGGGCGGCCUAGCCACCUGGGAUCGGGAGAGGGCGGAGGUGGAGGCCUGCCUUUUGCAGCCUGCUCACCACCCUCGCCCAGUGCUCUGAUCCAGGAUCUAGAGGAGCGGCUGUGGGAGAAGGAGCAGGAGGUGGCAGCUCUGCGGCGGAGCUUGGAGCAGAGUGAGGUGGCGGUGGCCCAGGUGCUAGAGGAGCGGCAGAAGGCCUGGGAGCGGGAGCUGGCUGAGCUACGGCAGGGCUGCAGCGGGAAGCUGCAGCAGGUGGCCCGCCGUGCCCAGCGUGCCCAGCAGGGCUUGCAGCUGCAAGUGCUGCGGCUGCAGCAGGACAAGAAGCAGCUGCAGGAGGAGGCAGCCCGGCUGAUGCGACAGCGGGAAGAGCUCGAGGACAAGGUGGCCGCCUGUCAGAAGGAGCAGGCCGACUUUCUGCCCCGGAUGGAGGAAACGAAGUGGGAGGUGUGCCAGAAGGCUGGAGAGAUUUCACUCCUGAAGCAGCAGCUGAAGGACUCGCAGGCCGAUGUGUCCCAGAAGCUGAGUGAGAUUGUGGGGCUGCGCUCCCAGCUGCGGGAGGGCCGGGCCUCGCUGCGGGAGAAAGAGGAGCAGCUGCUCAGCCUAAGGGACUCCUUCAGCAGCAAGCAGGCCAGCCUGGAGCUGGCUGAGGGCGAAUUGCCAGCUCCCUGCCUCAAGCCGGCACUGACCCCUGUGGACCCCACUGAGCCACAGGAUGCUCUGGCCACCUGCGAGAGUGACGAGGCCAAGAUGCGCCGGCAGGCCGGGGUGGCCGCUGCUGCCUCUUUGGUCUCCUUGGAUGGGGAGGUGGAUGCUGGUGGGGAGAGCGGGACAAGGGCCCUGCGGCGGGAGGUGGGGCGCCUGCAGGCCGAGCUUGCCGCUGAGCGGCGAGCUCGGGAGCGCCAGGGGGCCAGUUUCGCGGAGGAGCGCCGCGUGUGGCUGGAGGAGAAGGAGAAGGUCAUCGAGUACCAGAAGCAGCUACAGCUGAGCUACGUGGAGAUGUACCAGCGAAACCAGCAGCUGGAGCGGCGGCUGCGGGAGCGUGGGGCCGCGGGGGGUGCCAGCACACCCACCCCCCAGCAUGGUGAGGAGAAGAAAGCCUGGACCCCCUCCCGCCUGGAGCGCAUUGAAUCUACAGAAAUCUGAUCCCUGACCUGGGCAUUCGGACUUUUGACAAAUGUCCUGUCAAAGGCCAGAGUCCCCAGUAUUCCCUCCCACCAUCUCUUCCCCACCAUUUCCAUAUCCCCAGACCAAAGAGGUUCUCAAAGCAGCUGUGACCAGGUCCCUACCCUCCCUGCUCUGAGUGCCCUCCCAGCUGUACGACUGCCCCUCUGGGCAGUCCACUCCGACCCUCCUCCCAAGGAGGGAAUGGGGAGGGCAGAGCUAGUGGGGCCCAGGUUCCCUUUGUUGGCACUCCCUGUUGGAGAUAGAGGCAGCAGGUCCGCAGUGCCGUGAGGUGGCCCAGCCCCUCAGUGAGUCUGGGCUGCUACUGUUGGUGUGUUCAGUGAUGCUCGCCUCCUAGGCCAUGCAGCCUGAGGGGGCCUGCUUCGGGUCUACUGAAACUGAUAGGCCUCGAGCUCCUGGCCUCUCUCCUUCCUGCAUUAUUCUCCCUCCCUGGGCAGAUUGGCAGGACAAGUGGGAGCAGAUGGCCUGGCUGUGGUUGAGAGGGCUACCUGCCCAGCCCCUCCCCCCAAGGUCUUCCGGGCUCAGGCCUCAGAGCCUAGCUCGGCCCUGAGUGUGUGCCCAUAUGUACGUGUUGGAAGAAGGAGAGGCUGGGGCUGGAGGCUCAGUGCCCAGGAAAGAUUUGCCUUCCUGUGUCUGGGAAGGGUCACCUGGAGGCUUCUAAGCACCCCGAAUCCCCCGACACACACACACCCUCUUUUCUGGCCAGGAUCCAAGGGCAAUAGCCUCAUCCGCCUGGCUGACCCCAUACCCAGGGCCACUAUCUGGUUCUAACUACAGCUAUGAAGUGCUACCUGCCUCUCAGGCACUCCCCUCACCCAGUUCCUGAGGUCAUGAGUGUCUGUGAUGUCGCCCCCACUCCAUUCCCACAACCUCCCGCUUUCAGCUCACUGUCCCAGGCCACCUCUUCCCCCAAACCUCACCUUUUCUUCCAAUAGAAAAUUCUGCUUGAUAUUUGGUGCACUGCCCACUUCUAAGCUCCACCGGCCCCGAGCCUGAGCCUGAGGCCUUUGUUUUGGGGGGUAGGGGGUGGGAGGGCUUGUGAUUGCCUGUGAAGAACAAGGCUGACCUGAGAGGAACACUGACUCUUGGGUUCCCCAGGGCCCUAAGGUAGCUCACUGUUUGCCCAGGGGCGGUCUGGCACGGCCAUCAGUGGGGGUUAGGACAGCCAAUGUGACUUCCUCCUCUGUGGGCCCUCUCAGAGUCCAUCUCCCCAAGAUAGGAAGGGAAAGGCAAAUUUCUAAUUCACCAGCAAUAAAAAUUGGAGGAGGCUUGGCACUUAGUCCUCAUAUUUCUCUUUUCGCUCUCUUCCUCCCAUCCCCAAGAAUAGGUUUGGGGGCAGGGUGGAGAGAGCUGGCAACUACUGUGAGCAAGUCCCCUAACCCCUGACCAGCCUCCUCCCAUGACUGGUGACUGUUCAACAAGCUGUGCGUCCCCCAUGAAAACAGAAGUGUCCCCCUGUGUGGCCUCUUAUCUCUUUGCACAGCCCCUUCCGGUGGCCCUCACCAGGUCUCUGAACUGGGUUGGGGGGCCAUUGUGGCAAUCACUGCCCAUUCUGCUCACCCCUCAGUGCACCUGCCCCAGAACCUGGGCCUGGGCCAAAGGGGCAUGGGGAAGAGAAGGCAUUAGUAGGAAAAAAAAAAAAAAAAAAAAAAAAGGAAAAACAAAAAAUAUGAACAGACUCAGCUUUGGGACUUCCGACCACAAAAGAAAUUAUAUAUAAAUAUAUAUAUAAAUAUAUAUCUCUACCAUAUGUGAUGGAAAGACUUUGUUUUCUUUUCCCAAAGAAAUAAAAUUGAGAAAGCCUC